GCACGUGAGAGUGUGAAUGAGCGGGAAACCUGAGACUGUGGACGGUGAGUAACGGAGGAAACAUCAGGACCGAGAGGCGGGAAACCUGAGGCUGCAGCUCGGUGUCACUUCUUGGCUCCUGCUGGUUUCUGACAUAUUUCCGGUCGGUUUUCGGUCCCUGGGCUUCCUGCCCAGACCCCCUGAGGCCGAACCCUCCCGGACAGAUCGGUCUCUGAUCGGCCGCUAAAAUGUCCGCAGACUCCGGCGCGUGAAGGGCGCGUCACUCCGGUGCCACAGCGCGCGGCGGUGCGCUCCGUUCCGGGUCCCGGUCUGACCGCCCCGCGUGAUGCUGAAUGGACCGACCCUCCGCGACCACGACCCGAUGCGACUCGUCGACCCGAGACACCUUCCGCAACUGAUGUCCCUGGAGGACCGCGAACCCACCAUGGUGGGGGGGACCCUGGGGCCCCGCAACUCCACGCCGGCGGCGGGAGCGGAGGAGGGGGGCGGUCCGGGUCAGCAGCACCGGUCCUUCCCCUGGGUGGUGACCCUGCUGGCCGGAGUCCUGAUCACGACCAUCGUGGUGGAUGUUAUCGGGAACCUGCUGGUGAUCGUGUCCGUGUUCAGGAACAGGAAGCUGAGGAAAGCAGGAAAUGCCUUCGUGGUGAGCCUGGCCCUAGCUGACUUGGUGGUUGCCAUCUACCCCUACCCGCUGGUCCUGACCGCCAUCUUCCACGAUGGCUGGAUCGCCGGCUACAUCCACUGUCAGAUCAGCGGCUUCCUGAUGGGCCUCAGUGUCAUCGGCUCCAUCUUCAACAUCACAGGCAUCGCCAUCAACCGCUACUGCUACAUCUGCCACAGCCUCAAGUACGACAAGCUCUUCUCCAACAGCAACACCAUGUGCUACGUUGUGCUCGUCUGGGCGCUCACCAUCCUUGCCAUCGUGCCCAACUGGUUUGUGGAGUCUCUGCAGUACGACCCUCGGGUGUACUCCUGCACCUUCGCCCAGUCGGUCAGCUCGCUCUACACCAUCACGGUGGUCGUGGUGCACUUCAUCCUGCCGAUCGGCAUCGUCACCUACUGCUACCUGCGGAUCUGGAUCCUCGUCAUCCAGGUGAGGCGCAGGGUCAAGCCGGACUCACGGCCUAAAAUCAAGCCACAUGACCUCCGCAACUUCCUCACCAUGUUCGUGGUGUUUGUGCUGUUUGCCGUCUGCUGGGCGCCACUGAACCUGAUCGGCCUGGCGGUGGCGCUGGACUCCAGGCUGAGCCAGGAAAUACCAGAGUGGCUGUUCACAGCCAGCUACUUCAUGGCAUACUUCAAUAGCUGCCUCAACGCCGUUGUCUAUGGCGUCUUGAACCACAACUUCAGGAAGGAGUACAAGAGGAUCGUCCUGAUCAUCUUCAAAUUACACUGCUGAGACGAUUCACAGAGGGGGAGGCAACAUGGGGAGGGGAGGGUGUUUUUAACUUUUAUGACGGGAAGAGGCUGUUAACGAGCCAUGAAAGAAAAAGGACUUGACAAAGAGAAAGAAAACAGUCGUAAUGAAAGGGAAAUAAAACAAAUGGGAAGGAAGGAAAGAGAAAGAAAAACACUGUAUGAAAGAGGAAAAACAGAAGAACUCUAAUAGUUUGGGGAGGAGAAGAGGGGGAGAAAGGGAGAGGGGGAUGAUGCCACACUAAGAGUUGCCUUCAGGGAAACUGAGAGACUUAAAAAAAAUCCAGAGGCAGAGAGCAAGGUUUGGGAGUAAAAUCUAAACUUAGUAAUGUGUUUUAUCAUGGCUGUCUUUGAUAAUGAAGUCAUGAAUUUACUGUUUGAAUUUAAACAUCAAUUGUUUCUCAUGUUUUUACCAACUUC